CAAAACGCCGCCAGCUGCUUUGCAAUAUUGUUUCAUGAGUGAUUUUGCCUUGUACAAACAUCAGUUGCAAGCAAUUUAGUUUCGAAAUAGCAAAUAAACGACAAAGUGAUGGAGAAGCUCGACAGAAUCCUGGCGUCGUACACCGCGCAGGGCGAUGAGACAGUCGGCAAGGUUCUCGGCGCCGCCUUUGUGGUGACAGAUCGCAACGGAACCAUCUAUUCCGGUGCUUCGGGGCGCUUGGAUGGCCCCCAAUCAUCGCCGGCCUUUGCCGACAACUCCUACUCAUGGGUUGCGUCGCUCACCAAGCUACUGACAUCCAUUUCCGCCAUGCAGUUAGUGGAAAGGGGUCUUAUUACUCUUGAUGAAGACUUGCGACCCAAGAUUCCCUAUUUCCAGACAGUACAGAUUCUUACCGGAUUUGAUGACAAUGAUAAACCCCUCAUGAAGAGCAAUACCAAGCCCAUCACGCUCAGGCAUCUCUUGACGCACACGUCGGGCUUCAGCUACGAAUUUUCCGACCCAAAGUUGCUCAAGUGGUCUAGGCAACAGGGUAACAAGGUGAGCCGUGUCCAUUGGAGCGUCAAGGAGGUAUCAACGCCAUUGCGCCACGAACCUGGUGAGCUUUUCACAUAUGGCGUCAGUACCGACUGGGCCGGCCUCGUUAUAGAGCAUGUCACUGGACAGAGGCUGGGUGACUACAUGCAAGCCAACAUAUUCGGCCCGCUAGGAAUGAAGGACUCGGGAUUUCGAAGAAUGCGCAAGCCUCAUGUCGAAGAUCGAACAGUGGUCAAUUCCCUUCGACACCCCAAAACUGGCAAGCUUGUCGAGUCUGGAUGGAUCCUUCCUGAUCAGCAUCACGAAGUUGACUCAGGUGGUGGUGGUCUCUUCACUACUGCUGCCGAUUAUGCCUGUGUCUUGCGUGGGUUCCUCGAUAACAAGCUGCUCAAGUCUGAAACUUCGCAGGAAAUGGUUCGCCCCCAGCUCGGCGAUGCCCAACGCCAAUGGCUGGAAAGAGUAGCCUUCCACCCUACUGUUAAGAACACCUUUGUGGCCGAAUUCGAUUCGCCUGUUCCAUUGAACCACGGCCUGGGAGGCGUGUUGAACACAGAGAACGUGCCGGGCAAGCGGCGAGCCAUGAGCAUGGCUUGGAGCGGAAUACAUUGCUCGCGAUGGUGGAUUGACCCAACAACGGGAAUUGGAGCCGUUUUAAUUUUAAACAUUCGACCACAUGGCGAUCAAGUUGUCGCGCGCCUGUAUCAGGAUCUCGAGGCCGCCGUCUACAGCCAACUGCUGCCGGCUAAGGGAAAGUUGUAGAGGACCGAUCUUCGGUACAGUCCCACAGAGGCUGGCAUUUGUAAAUACUGAGUAAAUAAUGGUAGUUGAAGCAAAGUUUCCUGACCAAUGAUGAAUACUAGUUGAAGGAAUCGCAAUUAAACGCCGUAUUGAUACCAGUGAACCUCGGCUUGUGAUUUGUCCUGCUAUCUUGUUUUUUUUACCACAACUUGUCUAUCAGGCUGUACGGUUCGGACCACAUUCUGUAUUAGGCAAUCUGCAAAGGAUGCGUAGUAAGACAGGUCGCGUGCUUGUGUCUGCAUCGGCUGCCCGCCCCUAAAGUAGUUAAGCUGGGACUGUCUGGGAAAUUUAGCAUAAACGAAGGGGAUCGCUAGGCGCCGAGCAGCCCCUGAAGACAGCGCAAGGAAGGACCAGCGCCACAGAGUCUCACCAGGCUCUACGCGCCUUUCCCAACUCGAACUUAGCUUGCGUUCGCGGUUAGGCGGUUCUACCCGCUGAAUGGUUGGCGACUCACGGGCUGAAAAAAAUCUAGGUUUCUUCCGCUCUUGUCACAUGGUCGCAGUCCGACUCAAACAGUUCGUAAUCAGGGAGAUGCGCCAACUCAGCAAAAUGGGUGUGUGAGGUGGUGAGGGCGGUAUAUUGCCACAGGAUGAAUUCUAGUUGGUUCAAGAACAAAAGUGCCAAGCCUCUUGUCCGAUA